AUGAAGCCCUGCGCCGACGUCCACCCGGGCGGCGCAGCGGGCGGAGCGCAGCGGCCCAGACAGACAAAGUCGAGGCAGUCCGUGCUCAACCUGCGGUCGCAGCUGAGGCUGUGCAUCGAGGAGCGGUCCUCCGCGCAGCCGCCGGCCGGGGCCCUGGAGGGGGAGGCCCCUCUCGUUGACGUCUCCAACAAGCUGCGAACGUCACCGUCGCCUCGCGCUCUCAACCCCGACCCUCCCGAGCCGUACCUCCACGCCGCAGCGCCGCCGCCUCUCUUGGUGGACACGCCGCAGGCAGACGCCUUGCCCGCAUCGCGCACAAUCGACUCGUGCAGCAGCGAUCGGCGCCGAAUGGCUGCCAUCCCACCGCAAGCUGCGCCAUGGCGCGGCAUCGCCGCGGAUGCGGUCGCUUUUAUCUCGUACGCGCUGGCAGAGGCGCUCGAGGCGCGGGAAUGCGUCGAUGCGGCGGCUGCCACCGGCGACGCGUCCGCCCGCGGCGAGGCGAUUCGCAAGGCGUCUCGGAGCGCCUCGGCCGCGGCGCUGCAGGCCCUGCGGCAGGAGGGGGGUCCUACGGCCUCCCUCCUCGAGGAGCUCGAGCGGGUCGGCUCGGCGGAGCUGGCCGGCGGCACUUUGCCCGCGAGAGCGGUCGUUGCCGAAGGCGGCAGGGCAGCCGCGGCUCUCCUCGGUACGCUGCUUGACGAGCCGGUGCGGCGCAUCUCCUGCUACGCAGCGAGCAUGCGGGCGCUGCUCGAGGCGUCGUGCGAGGCGUGCCCACCGGGCGAGGAGGCCUCCGCUGCAGCAGACGAGUGCGGCGAGCUGGUCUCGCACCUCGAGGCUUUGCUCGACGAGCAACGCGCGCGCGACCGCGUCUCGCACCUCGCGCGCGAGCUGCCCCCCGCGUCGCUCCGCGCGGCUCUCCCCGAGGGGCUGGCGUUGCCGCACCGUCGCUUUCUGCGCGAGGGCGAGUUGCGGCAGUCCGAAGCUUCGGCCGAGGGCGCCGCAUGGCAGAGGCGGCGCGCGCACCUCUUCAACGACAUCUUGCUGCUGGUGGAGGGCGGCGAGGCGCCCCGCGAGGCCUUGGGGGGCGAGGGCGGCGUCGCCAGCGUGGAGUGCAUCGGGUUGGCCAAGGCGCGCGGCGGGGCCGACGGGUGCGGCAGGUGGGCGGAGGACGAGCGUGCUGCAUGGGUCGAGUCGAUCAAGCGGCAGAUCCGGUUCUUGCUGGCCGCCUUCAAGCAGCGCGGCAAGUCGAUCGCCUUUCUGCCGCAGCAGGUCGAGAAGCUCCGCGCGGAGCUGGGUGCGCUGCACACGGCGCGCCGCCGCGCAGAGGCGGAGGUGCUGCUCCUUACGAGCGAGGUGUGCGCCCUCGACAGCCAAUUGCAGGCCGCGCGAGGCCGCCCGCCCUCCCGCUCGCGCGUGCAACCACUUCUCACGGAGCACCUGAGUGGACAGGCCGACCGGCGCGACCUCUCCCGCGCCUCGUUCCGCACGCGUCGACUCUCUGUCGUGGCGGCGCCGGGUGGCGCGAAUGGGCCGUCGGCGGCGCAGGUCUCCACGCUGCGCCGGCGCGUCAGCCGCGGGUCGGACGAGCGCGCCCAGCUGCAGUGCGUGGCGGACGGGCGCAAGACGGAGGGCGACCUGAACGACGAUUCGCUGAUGAAGGAGAUGCUCUUUAGCUCCUCGUAG